UCGCGCGCACACCCACAGGUCCUCCGGUACUCGGCACUCGGGCUGGGCAUCUUCUACGGCUUCUACCACCAAAGGACGAUCAGCUCGACACAGAAGACGGCGGCCGCACAGCGCAACUACCAGCACAAGCAGCAGCUGAUAGACCAGGCCAAGGAGGCGUAUGCGAAAUCGAAGCAGCCGGCUUCUGCGGUGGCCGCCUCGACAACGACAAUGAACCAAGAUCCAAAUGACCCCAAGUUCGACCUUGAAGACUAUUUGAACGCGCUGGCCAAGGCAGAGCCUUAG